AUGAGAAUGUUGCCUGUUUGCUCAGCCACCCCGAGUUAUUCCACAUCUUCCCAGAUUCCCUUGUUCGGGGGCUUGCACCCGAUUCGAAAGGAUCUCGAGAGCAGAUUUGUGGUUGAAGAAGGCGUGCAUCUGGCUUCGCAAUAUGGAACUCCUUCACUCCGAAAUUCAUUUGCAGUGCGCGCUGCUACAAAGAUGGUCGUGGAUAGUUUUUCUUCUACAAGUCAACCGGGAGGAUACCUUACAAGCGCACGGGGUUUUUCACCAACAGACGGGCAUCAUUCACUGAGUAAUGGGGAACUCAGACGCAUGGAAAGUUUUCAUUUAUCUUCUGUGCCACAGGAAUUCGUGGGCUUAACAGAACAACACUCAAGUGAAGGAUCUAAUACAUUAGUCACACCAGCACAACCAGAAACACUAUCAAGUACUGAUUUAAUACCAGAGAACUUUGCCCCAAUGCCUAGUUCAAUUAAUGUGGACAAUGAAUCAUUAGCCACUACAAAAGCCAGUGUUGGGGACCUUUUCGCCGGAAUCAACGACUCAUUCAAUGCCUCAAUCAUUCAGGGAGAAAAUGCUUUACGAAGCUCACUGGAUACAGCCACUUCCUUUGCAGAUUCUGUUGUUAAAACUGCUACUAAAUCCGUAGAUAAUGCUUUUGGUAAGGCAUUUUCUGCUGUUGAUCAAACAGGGGACAUAGCAAACAAGAAGCUCACCAGCUUUUCAAGUGGGCUGAGUGGAGUCUCAAAUAAAGCACCUGCCGUGGUUAUUGAUGUGUUGCGCCGCACAAUUGUAGCAGUAGAGAGUUCCCUAACAAGUGGGGCUUCGUAUGCUGUCUACCUAUAUGGGUCAGCCAAGGAGGUUCUUCCUGCAGGGAUUAGGGACACAGUCAAUGUAUAUGAAGAUAAAGCAACAGAAAUCUUGAAGCCUGUUGGCUCUGCUACUCAAAGGAUAUACAUGGGUGUCUAUUCACUGGAGAAGACUUUUGGCUUGGAUCCAAAUGACCCAAUUAUUCCUUUUAUUGUUCUUGUAGGAUCUUCAGCCACAUUAUGGGCCAUUUAUUGGUUGUGGAAAUACGGAGGUUAUUCAGGAGAUUUGUCCCCUAAAUCGGCUUUCGAGCUUUUGUCGGAGGAUGCAAAUGUUACACUCAUUGAUGUCCGCAAUGAGGAAUUGCGAGAAAAAGAUGGCAUUCCUGAUCUCCGAAGAGCUGCUCGGUUUCGUUAUGCUAGUAUAACUCCUCUAGAGGUUGAUGGUUCCCUACGCAAGUUGUUAAAGAGUGGUAGAGACCUCGAAAAUUCCUUGAUUGCUGCUAUUAUUCGGAAUUUGAAGACUGUUAAGGACAGUUCCAAGGUUAUAGUGUUGGAUGCUGAUGGUACUCGUUCUAAAGGCAUUGCAAGAUCUUUGAAGAAGAUUGGAGUCAAGAAUACAUACUUGGUUCAAGGUGGCUUUCAGUCUUGGAUGAAACAAGGUCUCCGCAUCAAAGAACUCAAACCUGAGACUGCACUUUCCAUACUCAAUGAGGAAGCUGAAGCAAUACUAGAGGAUGUUAGUCCUUCUCCUGGGCAACUAUUAGGUUAUGGUACGGUACUUAUUGCAGGGCUGUAUGCAUUAUUAGAGUGGGAGAAGACAUUACAAUUAAUUGGUGCAUUUGGUCUCGGUUUGACCAUCUAUUUGCGGGCUUCUUCAUAUGAAAACUCUGAAGAUUUAAAACAAGAUGUGAGGUUGUUGCUUUCUCCUCUUAGACUAGGAGCUCAAGCAUUUUCAUGGGCUGCUGGAAAGUUGGAAUCAAAUGGCUUAGGAUUACCUACAUCACCUUCAUCACUAGAUGUUCAGAACCGGGUGUUGCAGGCUGCCGCAAAACAUGAAUCUCAACCCUCUGACAGUGAAGGUAACCAAGAUUCAGUUCCUGAACCGACAGUCCCGCUCAAUCAGAAUGUAUGA